AUGGCUCAGCGCAGGAUCAACAACCCCGCUCUCUUCAUCUGCGACCUGCAGGAGAAGUUCCGGCCUGCCAUUCAUGAGUUCUCCAAAGUCGUCGCGACGACCCAGAAGCUGCUGAGAGCAAGCCAGAUCCUCCAGAUCCCCGUGUUUGCAACCACGCAAAACAGGGCCAGGCUGGGUGAGACGGUGCCUGAGUUGAUGCUCGAUGCACCUGGUGGCAUCAAGACUGUCGUCCAUGCCGACAAGACCCUCUUUUCAAUGCUCACGCCUGAAGUCCGCACUGGUAUUGCCUCACUCGGCUCGCGGCUCUCGUGUGUCAUCGUCGGCAUCGAAUCCCACAUCUGCGUGACCCAGACGGCACUCGACCUCCUCAGGGAAGGCCACAGCGUAUACGUCAUCGCGGAUGGUGUGAGCAGCGUGAACAAGGAGGAAGUGCCCAUAGCAUUGGCAAGGCUGCGGCACGCAGGCGCUCAAGUCGUGACUAGCGAAAGCUGGAUGUACGAGGCCGUGGGCGACGCGAAGAUCCCAGAGUUCAAAGAGCUUAUCAAGGUUGUCAAGGACUCUGCCGAAAGCACAAAGGAAUCGCUCCAGGCGCUGUGUAAAAUCUAG